GGUCUCCCCGCAUUGUAGUGCUCGUGAGAAUCCGGAGGACCGGGAGAGGAUCGGGAGGCGAGGGCAAUUCCGUAUAAGUAUCAGGGAGUGGUGCUCCCGAAACAACCACGAUGUGCUCCCACCCAGUUGUCAGAUUGCAUUGUCUCCAGCAGCCACAAUGAAGUUUUCUGUUUCCGCCGUCCUCGCCCUUGGCGGCUUCGCGGCCGCUAACCCCGUGCCCGUUGACCACCAGGCAGAGGAGCUCUUCCACCGCCAGGUUCAGACGCUCAACGCUGCCAUGGUGGCGGCGGGACGCGAGUACAUCGGAACCUCGCUCACGGUGCGCAACGACCAGUCGGAGUCCAACAUCAUCCGCAGCGAGUUCGGGUCCAUCACGCCCGAGAACGCGCAGAAGUGGGACGCGACCGAGCCCAACCGCGGCCAGUUCAACUUUGGCGCCGCCGACCAGCACAUGAACUGGGCCCGGCAGAACGGCAAGCACGUCCGCUGCCACACCCUCGUCUGGUACUCGCAGCUGCCCGGCUGGGUCUCCAACAGCGGCUUCAACAACGCCACGCUGAUCCAGGUCAUGACCAACCACAUCAACCAGGUCAUGGGGCGGUACCGCGGCCAGUGCAACCACUGGGAUGUCGUUAACGAGGCCCUCAACGAGGACGGCACCUACCGCGACAACGUCUUCCUGCGCGUGAUCGGCGAGGCGUACAUCCCGAUCGCCUUCCGCGCCGCCGCCGCCGCCGACCCGGCCGCCAAGCUCUACUACAACGACUACAACCUGGCGUACCUGGGCCCCAAGGUCGAGGGCGCGGCGCGCAUCGUGCGGCUGUGCCAGCAGUACGGCGUGCGGAUCGACGGCGUCGGGUACCAGGGCCACCUGACGACGGAGAGCACCCCCACGCAGUCGACGCCCACGCCCUCCGAGGAGGACCUCACGGCGGCGCUCAAGGUCACGGCCGACCUGGGCGUCGACGUCGCCUGGACCGAGAUCGACAUCCGCAUGCGCACCCCGUCCAACUCCCAGAAGCUGCAGCAGCUCGCUGAUGCGUACGGUCGCGUUGCUCGGGCCUGCUUGAAUGUCCCGAGCUGUGUUGGCAUGACCAUUUGGGGCGUCACCGACCGGUACUCGUGGGUUCCCAACACAUUCCAGGGAGAGGGCGACGCGCUGCUCUGGAACAGCAACUACCAGAAGAAGGCGGCCUACACCUCUUUCUUGGAAGGAAUUACAGCCGGAGGCAGCUCGAAGGCGUAGAGGGGAAUUGCCUAAAAGUACCUAGGUCAGAAACCAUGUAUAUAUGUACCGUCGUUGUCAAUUUGCUCAGGCUGCGAUUUUGCACGGUCGCUGUUGCGCAGUGGGGGUACCAAGUGAAGAAGGGUGUAAAUCUUUGGCCAGUUUUGUGAG